GGAUGAUGUCCUGCAACUCUCCAUAAUUCUAAUUUGAUGGGAUUUGCCUGUGUAGGAAGCCAAUGCAGCACAAGUGAAGAGGAUUAGAGCAGAUUCCUGCAAUAACCAGAGAUGCUGCUCCCUAAAGCCUGGCUCCUGCUAUUCAGCCUGGGCGUUUCGUGUCCUGUAUUUGCACGCCUAGAGAAAGAGAAUAUUGAAAAUGUCACUUUAAGUGGAAACCAAACGAGAGACAAGACUGCACGGGUCAGAAGAACUGAAUUCAAGCAGAAUGUGUCUUAUUUGGAAGAGGCUGAGGAAGAACAAGAAUAUUAUCUUCAGCAGCUGUUUCAUCUGUAUGGCGAGAAUGAUACCUUAUCUUAUGAAGGACUCACUUUACUGCUGAAAAACCUGGGGCUUGGUGAAGUGCAGGUUAUACAGAUACAGCACGGGGAACUGGGACAUGAUCCAGUCUCUCAUCUGGAUAUCAUUGAUGUUCAAGAAAACAAACACAGCCAUGUGCACUCCACCAGGGAACAUCUCUCUGUCCUCUCAAGCCCUGAGGAAACCAAGCUUAAUAACAGUCCAAAUAACAGCUUAGAUAGAUCACCAAAGACCAGAGGACCACAUCCAGUCACAAGAGAGCCAGAAUCUAGAAAAAGCACAGUGCAUAACGGGAAAAAAGUAAAUGUGAACCACCUGCAAACGAAAUGGCAACCCACGGACAUCCUGCAACACUUGCUAAAACUCCACCAUACCGAGAACGCCCAUCAGCAUGAAGACUGCCUCAACGUGACACAGUUGCUCCUGAACUAUGGGCUUUCCUGGGUCUCAGAGAUCACCCCUCAGCAAUUCACCUUACUGUGCCCAGCGCUGCUCUACCAGAUUGACAGCCGUGUGUGCAUUCAUCACAGUGAUCAGCUGUCCUCUGAAUCCGCAAACUCCCAGCAGUCAUUGCUAAAAGUGCUUGGUUGGGGGGCCCUUGCCGUCACUGUGAUCAGUGCCCCUUCACUCCUGGCCGUAGCAUUUGUUCCACUUCUCAGACGUCCUUUGUUCCGCUACCUACUCAGGUUCCUGGUGGCCUUAGCUGUGGGGACUCUCUGCGGUGAUGCUUUACUGCAUCUGCUACCACACGCACAGGAAGAUCCUUCAGAAGAAAAACAUCACAAUGGAUCCCACUCAUUGGAUCCUGUUUUGAAAGGGCUGUGCGUACUUGGUGGUAUCUAUUUGCUCUUCCUUCUUGAAACUCUGGUGGGUUUACUGAGACAGAAGAGAAAAAGGAAGAAGAAACAUCCUCAAGAUAAAAACACAGCCAAGGAUGAAGAUUGCACUACUGUCCUUCGGGAACUUGGACACUCUGUUGAUCCAGAGUUUUGUGAGGCAAAAAGACCAGUUGAUGGCUGUAAACAAAGUCAUGAGGAGCAAGCUGAGGUACCAGAGAGCGGUGGUCAGACUGCACAUUCACACCAUGGGCAUUCACACAGUGCAUCAGGUGGAGGCAUAUCAGAGUUUGUCUGGAUGGUUCUUCUUGGUGAUGGAAUUCAUAAUUUCACAGAUGGCCUGGCUAUAGGUGCUGCCUUUUCUGCUGGUUUCUCUGGUGGCCUCAGCACCACAGUUGCUGUAUUCUGCCACGAACUACCUCAUGAGCUUGGCGAUUUCGCAGUCUUGCUUCAGACUGGUGUCCGGGUGAGGAGAGUCUUAUGUUUCAGCCUGAUCUCAGCAUUUCUCUCAUAUCUGGGCAUGCUGGUUGGAGCACUCGCCAGCCAAACUUCAUACCAAGUAACUCCCUGGAUAUUUGCAGCUACUGCUGGAAUCUUUCUGUACGUGGCACUUGUAGAUAUGCUUCCCCAAAUGCUGCAUCGUGAGGCCUCAGACCAUUGCCAAGGAACGGACUGCAUUCUUCACAGCUCUGGUUUCCUGCUUGGAUGUGGCAUAAUGCUGUGCAUCGCCCUGUUCCAGGAUCAGAUGGUGUUUCAACACAGAUAGGAAAUUAAUGAAGAUACUGUCAUUAUUGAUCCUGUAGUAACCGCUGGUGGAUUCGGAAGACGUUAAGAUAUUGAUAUAGGAGAAAUACCCGAUCCCCUAUUUUUACAGCAAAAAUAUUAUGUGUUGUGAACUCUAAAAACACACCAACAGUUAUCCUAAGACAGGCUAAGCGGGCUGUGUGUUUUCAGCACUGUGGCGACAGUCCACUUACCACGUUUAUAUUGUA